AUUAGUAGGAAAAGAAAAUACACUAUCACCCAAUUUUAGCCCUGUUAUUCAGGCUCGCGAAUCCGCUCUAUAAUAGUAAAGAGAAGAUCUAACGGCGAAAAGGCGGCUCCGACUCUGGAGAUGGCCGAGCCACCGUCCGAUUCCUCGAGUCAGCCGAAGCCCGUCAUCGAUCUCCUCGAAUCGAUCGAUCUUGGCCGGACACGACGGCCCCGCCCGCCGGACGCCGCCGCGCUCGCCGCCGGGCUGUCCCGGUGCAUCCGCGCCGUCGAUCCCGAGCUCAGCCUCCCUCCGCCUGAGACUCUAACUCAAGAUAACAUCAGGGAAGCAAGUCACGGUGUUGAAGAAGCUUUAAAAUUGAUAAACUGCCCGCACCCUCUGCAAGCUUCGGACAUUUACAACCUCGAGGUCCGAAAUGUGUAUCCUGUUGCACAGUGGCUGGUCAAUCAUGUUCGGAUGCGCAAUGGAGUUAUGGGGGAUGAGAAGCCGAUGAGAAUGCAUAUUUUAGAAGAGAUGCAACUCUUACAUGAGAAAAUCAGGGCAGCAAGAGUUGAUUCUGUGGUUCACAGAUUAAUGUUGCUGAUGGAGUCACUGAAGGUCUUGGAAAAGAAAGAAUUGGAUCUCCAAUCUGACUACACUGCAAAGAAAUCAGAUUUGGAAGCCAAGAUUAUUCACUUGGAGGAGAAAAUAUCCAACGACUGUGAUAGCAAGAGUCUCCAUGAUGAUCUAGAUCAUUGUAUUAGCAUGUCAUUGGAAAAGUUGCACCUUGCAAAGAAGGAACUAGCGGCUAGACUGAGGAUGGUAUUGUCUGUAAAGCGGCAACUUGAAGAUGUGCCUUCUCAAUCGGAACUCAUUCAGUAUGAACGCCGCUUUUCCGAGUUGAAUAUGAAUAUUGAGGAAAUUCAUAGACAAACACGUAAAUACUACGCAACAUAUAAUGCACUUUUGGACAUUAAAGAGCUAAUGCUGAAGGAAACAUCGUUAUUGAAUUCGCUAAAUUCCCAGUUUCAAGAUGCUAUAAGCGAUACUGCUGGUCGCCUGAAACUUAUUGAUUCCAUGGAAGGAAUUUUGAAGGGCAUAAAACAGAAGCUAGAGAAAGUGCAAGAUGGGAUCCAGGCAGAUCAGAGAGUCUGUAAAACACUCAGGGAGAAGUAUGCAGCCGCAGCAGCUAGGCAAAGACGUGGUUCUAGUCUGUUGAAAGCUCUUCAGGAGGAAAUCACGAGAAACCAGAGACUUAAAAAUGAACUUCAGUCCAGAAAUGCAGCUACACUAUGUGAAGUUGAGGUGAUAGGAAGUUUGUGAAGUUGUGGAACUAAUAUGAGGGUGCACCUUCGGUAAAGAUGAUUCACGUGACCUGUGUACCACAUGCCUGCGUAGGAAACUAGUCUCUAUGCAAUGCAGGAUUGAGGCUACAUGCAUCUGGUCAUCCUGAAAAUCCUCAAUGUGGGGGCAUCAUGGAUCGAGUGUCCCAGUUAGCAUGUUCAGGUAAAUGAUUGCAGAGUAUAUGGAGCGACAUAUUCUUUAGUUACUCUUGAUGUUCCCUCAAGGCCUUAAAUUGUUGUUUAUGGUUUUCAAAGCCAACACAAAAGUCAAUAAUCAGGUUCUGAAUGAUGUAAAAUCAUCUAAAUACAACCUUUCUUACCUUUGAUAAUAAUAAUAUGAUUA